AAAAGAUGUCUUCAAAACGAAAAGUUCUUCUGAUGGGCAAAAGUGGAUCCGGCAAGACUUCGAUGCGUUCGAUCAUAUUUGCCAACUACAUCGCCAGGGAUUGUUCGCGUCUCGGGCCAACAAUCGAAGUUGAGCAUGCUCAUGUCAAGUUCCUCGGAAACAUGGUUCUUCACUUGUGGGAUUGUGGUGGUCAGGAAUCAUUCAUGGAGAACUUCCUCGUCUCGCAAAAGGAUCAGAUCUUCAAGAAUGUUCAAGUGCUCAUAUACGUAUUCGACGUGGAAAGCCGAGAGUUCGAGAAAGAUCUCAGAUAUUACCAGUCUUGUCUCGAAGCUCUUCUCCAAAAUUCACCGAAUGCUCAAGUCUUCUGUCUCAUUCACAAAAUGGAUCUGAUCGAGGAGGACAAACGUGAAGAGACGUUCAAACGUCGUGAAGCAGAUGUACUGCGAUACAGUGAACUUGCAGCGACUCCACUUCAGAAUGAACGGACGAACGCUGUUUGUCAAUGCUUCAAGAGCAGUAUUUGGGAUGAGACACUCUACAAAGCGUGGUCCGCGAUAGUCUAUCAUCUGGUGCCAAACGUCGGAACCAUGGAGGACAAGCUGAAGAAGUUCGGAGCUAUUUUGGAUGCCGAUGAAGUUAUUCUAUUCGAGAGAGCGACGUUCCUGGUUAUUGCGCAUGCUGUUCUCCGAGAGCAUAAGGAUCCACAUCGAUUCGAGAAGGUUUCAAACAUCAUAAAGCAAUUCAAGCUUUCAUGCACAAAAAUGGGGUCCAAGUUGGAUUCGAUUCAAGUCCGAAACAGUCAAUUCUCCGCAUUCAUCGACUCGUUCACCCAGAACACUUAUGUUAUGAUCGUGAUACCCGACGGCAACGCAUCGGCUCCAAUGAUCACAAUGAACGUGAAGAACGCGAGGAAGGUGUUCGAGGCGAUCGAGACGAAAAGCUAGACGAAUUUGAAUAUUUCACCGAGUUCUUGCCCCGCAUUCCAGUUAUUUUCGUUUAGUUACCAUCCCAUAUCCCAUGUUGCUGUAUUAUAAUGCUAAACUGAUUUAUUUAAAUCCAACUGCAAAAUUGUUCAACUCUAUAUUUUUCACUAUAUUUCGUAAUUCACCGCUUAGAUUUUCCGUUUCGCCAGUGCUUUUGCGAAGUUUUUCGUUUUUUUUGUUUAAUUCUCCCCGUACCAUCCAAAUCCGAUUCUUUGCGAUAGUCAUCAUCGAAAAAACCUAUCGUUCGUGUUCUUGUUCUGUAUUUGUAUAUGAAUUGUGCUAU